CAUCGAUUGCGAUACCCGUUGACAGCAAUUGUUAAACCAAUUGUUGGUUAAAAAAUCUCAACAAAAAAAAGUAUUACUUUUGACACAAAAAAAUGUCUAAUAAGAGGACCUCAAGGAUGAGCUUUGUUUCGGUGGAAAGGCAUACAAAGUCAACCAUACGCGUGACGAAUGGCGAUAGAGCCGCGACUACCGGCGCCCCACUGCUGUUGGCGACACUGGGCUCCCGGCGCAGGUCAACGGCCACGACUACCGCUCAGCAACCGGUGGUUAACUCGAGUUCAGUGCGGGUGACAAAGACCACACUUACGGUGAACUCCCUGUCCCCGCAGACACCCAGCACAGACGCGAAAAGCAAUUCUGUGCCUAAAGUGGAGCCCAAACAGCGGUCGUCUAAACGCAAACUCGAGCCCAAAGUCGCGACCAGAGCUCUGACUACUCCCACCACUACUACUCGUCGAACCACAUCAGCACCGGUAGCCGUGAAUGGAGGCAAACCUCUCUCCGCCUCGCGCUCAUCCAAACGGCCUCGACUACAGUACCAGCCCUUUCAGUCGAAAGCGGCGGACACACCGGGAACUACACCCUCGAAGGCUAAGCCCAUCGACGACAACGAGAUUAUAUACGACAGGAACGACUUCCUGGCCGUCCGUAACGACUCGGACGGGUAUUACAUCUGCAAAGUCGUGCAGAAUGUGUUCAAGAAGUCGUCCAAUAAAAUCAAGAUCUUGUGGUAUAAUAACGUCGACACUACCCGUCCGCUGGUCUAUACGCCCGACUUCGUAGACACGACUGAAGUGGACUGCAUUCUGACGGACAUAACUGUCCGCCGCUUAGAUAAGGGACAGUACGAGGUGUCAGCCGAUGAGAAGCUCCGGAUCGAGAAUAUUCUGCACCGAUCUAUCAAAGGGCUGCCCCUAACCGGUGAUACCAGUGAUGAUGAGGCCAGUGAUACCGACCCCACGGUCACACCAGCGAAGGCUAAACGAGUCAAAGCUAACGGUGCGUCCAGUAGUGGGUCGACCGCUAAGAAAAAGGCCGCUAUUAUCGCUAAAACACGCGGAAAGGGAGCUAAUAAUGCCAGUGUAUUGCCAACUAAGAGGGUGCGCCGACCCUCUAGCCGUCUGUUAGCCAGUAAAGAAACCCCCGAUUCGGCCACACCUACCAAGGGAUCGGCAAAAUCCAAAAGGCCGGGUAUUGCGGAUGUGGUCAAGAAGUUGAAGUCUAGGGCCAGGGGUUCGGUCGGCAAAACCGAUUCCACGGCUAAGACUCGGAAGAAAACGGUGUCCAAAAAGGAGACAACAAGUCCGUCGGACAAGAAAACGCCUAAAAAGGGUGUGAAAAAGGGCUCAAAAUCGACGCCUACUCCCGACGCCAGUCCUAAAGGGACGCCUACACUGAAAUCCCCGCGCAGACGAGUCGUCCGACAACUGACGCCUAACCUAUCGGUCACGGCGUACGAGAAGGACCCGCUGUUUGAGUCGCAACUGCCGGUGCCGUACGUGUCAGCCCUGGCGCACAGCAAACUACUGAUCCGAGCCGUACUGCUCCGGGACCACAAACUACUCAAGAAGUUGUUGGCCGACAGUAAGCGCAUGUGUAGCCUAUGUGUGCCCCGGUGUCUGGCCAUCAGUCGGGACGCCAUGUCCUACGCGGUCGAGGCCCAGGACUAUAAGGCUAUGGAGCUGUUGAUGGACAGCAAAGUGGCUGAAAAGUUGGCCCCAUUUCCCGAUAUUAUGCUCACCGGUGAAGAGACUGGCCGGGGAUCGGUGUAUAUGUUUGGCCACGCGUUGAGGAAUGUCAACGUUGGCCGGGGAGGUCGAGAAGGCAACAACGCUUUACUGAAGGACAGCCACCUGUACGGCACCUACGGGUGCGGUCGGUACGUGAGUAGACUGUCCAACAGUCAGAUCAUUGAGGAUGCCGUCAAAUACAACAUCAAACCCGAGACAAUCGACACACUGUUGGCAACGGAGCCCGACUUGAUCUACCAGUUUGUAAACCAUAUCGUGACGGCCGUCCGUUACGGCCACCACCGACUGGCCCACUAUCUCAUCGAUAAGGCCGUGCAAAAGGGCGGGUAUGGGUUCAAUGAGCUCCAUAAGCACGCGUUGAGUGCCGUCAAGCCUUACCCCCAAUUCCGGGCCGUUUCCAUACUCAAGAAGGCCAUCGGCAACGCCCGGAUCACGCCUUUACACUGCGCCGCCAUUAAUCCCGAUCCCUAUCACAUGCCGGCCCUGUUUGCCCAGCGACCCGACUAUACGCUACUGGAUAUGGGGAACUGGACGCCCGUUCACUACGCGGCCGUUUGCGAGGGGUCGGCAAACUUGGAAUACCUAUUAUCGCACGGCGUGUCCACUACGCUGAUGGACAAGGAGGGCAAUACACCCCUACACUUGGCCGCCCUCCGUAACCGUCCGCGCCCUCAUCCGACACGAGUCAACGGCGGCGCCGACGACAGCGACUCCGCCGCCACCACCCCCACGAGCACCGGUAUCUCAACCAUAGGCCACCUAAAUAGGGCGGGCCGUACGGCACUGCAUUGCGCGGCACAGGAGGGCCACACCGACGCCUGCAAAGUGCUCAUAAGGAACGGCGCCGACAUUGAGAAGCCCACGACGGCUACGACCGAUAAGCUAACGGCGCUUAUGGUGGCCGCCGAGUCGGGGCACCUGUCGUGCGCGCGCCUACUGUGCGAAUACGCGGCCAACCCGGAGGCCAGGGAUAAGAAGGGACGUACGGCCCUAACCCAUGCCGUUAUGAACGGACACUCGCAUGUCGUGAGCUAUUUGUUACGGCUGGGCGUCGACCCUAACACGAAGGACACGUCCGGCAACACGCCUGUCCACUACGCGUGCGCCUACGGCUGGUAUUACUGUUUUAAACUGCUUUUGGAGGCGUCGGCGCUCGUGAAUGAGCCCAACGACUGGAAACUGACGCCACUGUGCAUAGCGUUCAUGAAAGGGCAUACAGGGCUGGCCGAGCAGGUGAUCAAGGAGUCCGGUGCUAAUAUAGAUAUGCCCGUCAAUGAUCAUACCGGUGCGAACCUAUUGAUGCAAACGUGCCAAUCGGCGCCCAAUGAGCUAAUGUUGGAGCGGAUGAUGUUUUUGAUAGACAGGGGCGCCGACUGUACUAAGACUGACUACGAGGGCAAUACAGCUUUACACUAUUUGGUGAAAAACGAGUCUCGGGUACUAACAUACCGUUCCGCACCUACACCCGCUGCCCAUUCCAGUGCUACUGCUACUCGACAUAGGAUUGUAUUACCCGUCAGAUUGAAUAAACGACAACUCCAGAGGCAGACACUGAUGAAGGCUAUGCAGCUGUUGCUGGACAAGGGCUGCGACCCCGGGACCCGAAAUAAGCACCAAAUGUCGGCACUGAUGUCGGCGGCGGAUUUGGGCUCGUUUUCGGCGCUCCAUAAGUUCCUAUCGCUAACUCCCUGUCCGCUAAACACGGACACCGACACCACCGGCAAUACACUGCUCCACCUUCUCGUGGCCCACCCCUACAAAGAGAUUACAAUCGAAGACAGUCGACACAAAUCAUUAGCCAGCUAUCUGUUUGAGGUGUACGACCGGAACAAAGCCGUGUGGAAAGGCAUGUCCACAAUCGGUAAGGUGAAGACCGGUCCGCGGCCUCUGCACGCCUUCCUCGGCGUCUAUUCCGGUCAGUACUCCGUCGACGACACGGAACGGCUGUCGGAGUUCUUGAGGUUUUUGCUGAUCGCCGCCGACAACGACGUGAACGCCUCCACCACGUGGUCGGACCCGAAGGACGUCCGGUUUGUGGUGCAUAUGGCCGCCAAAUGCCAGACCCAGGAGUUCGUGCGACUCGUGUUGUCCCGAAAGCCAGCGCUGGAACAACUGGACGGCAAUAAGAGGACAGCCCUGGCGGUGGCCAUCAUUGACGGCCUCACGGAGACCGCCCGACAACUCAUAGACGCCGGCGCCGACGUGUCGUUCCAAUCGGCGAACGACUCAAACAAUUCAAUACUUCUGUUGGAAGCGAUGAACAAUAAGACAUCGUUUGAGUUGAUCCCACUUCUGGUGCGAAAGGGCGCCGACGUUAACGAUACGGUCGAACGCAAUGGGAAUACAGCCCUGCAUUACGUGGCCUCCCGGGCCGACCAGAGAGGCGCCUAUGAGGCGGUCGACGCCCUACUGACUGCCGGCGCCGAUGUGAAUGCCGUCAAUAAAAAUGACCGAACGCCACUUCAUUUGGCCGUAAACUGUAGGCGCGGCGGCACUGACGACACCCACGAAGUGGAGGAACGGCUACUGAGCGCCGGCGCCCAGACUGACGUUAAGGACGAUAGGGGACGGAUAGCACUGCACUACGCGUUCGUCAAACGGGGCGCCCAUACGGACCACUCGCAUAUGGAUCCCAUCGAUUUGGUGGAACUUCUGGAGCCCAUUGAGGACAUGCCCGCCGAAGUGCCCGACACCACACCCGCCGUAUUGAUUGACAACUUCGGGUCCACACCAUUGCAUUACGCGGCACAGAGAGGGGCAACCAUUUCGUGUAUGCAUUUGUUGCGGUCGAUGGACAUCAACCCCACCGAUGAUAAUGGAAAUACACCGCUAGGGCUGGCGGUGCUCUACGGGCACGAAGGCUGUUCGCUAUUAUUGCAACAAAAAGGGGCGGCGUUUACGGCACCCGACGGUUGUCUGAAUACGAAACCAGAGCUACAGUUGACUGAUGAGAGCGACGACACCCGCUGGCGAUGGAACCGACUCCGAGAUAGCGAACGAUUCACACGGGAACUGGAGAUGGAAAGAGCCAACUGUCCCAUUGUCGAAGAGGUUGUGCGCAAGGAUUGGAACGGUGUCUUAAAGCUGAUGAUUAACGAGUUGGGCGCAAAGGGAACGGGAGUUGGCGUCGUGGUGGAGUCGGCGUUCAAAACUGGGCGCCUAAACCUCGCUAUUAAACUACUUAAACGUGUGAAAAACAGCCGUUCCCUACAGUCCACCGAACAGACACUGCUUCACGUGAUGGCUAAAGAGAUUACAGCAGACGCUGGCAAUCAUGAUCUCCAGAAGCAAGUGGUGAAGCUAUUGGUGGAACUGGAUGUUAAUCCCCUACAGUUGGACCGGGAGUUCAAGUCCAACGCCAUAAUAUAUUCGGCAAUGAACUGGAACUACAUUUUGUGCGAUGAGUUGACCCAAGUGUUGGGCGGUAUCGACAAAGUGGUGGCUCUGGAGCCGGACUCGCUGUUUAGGACACCGGUAUCGGCCAUAUUCUGGGACAUACAUAAGCGCACUACAGGUGCCGAUCAGGCGUUACCGGAAUUUAUGAACAAAUGGUUGACACAACUGCUGGAGAAGAGUCCGCAACAGUUGAACGCCGUAUCGUAUUAUCCGAUUAGUGAGAGUCCGUACGCCGGCGUCAGGUUUACGGUCACUAACCCGACGCCAGUGGCCGCUGCGGCUGCCGGUGCUGUCAAAUACACGCCAUUGAUAUACGCCGUGAUUUGUGGCAAUUAUCCUUUGGUUAAGUAUUUACUUAAUCUCAAGAUUAACGACGCGUUUGCGGUCGACGUGAACCGCGCCGACAGUCUGGGAAGGACUCCAAUCAUGCAUUCCGUCCGUUUGAAUGACCUCAAAAUGAUUAAACUUCUACUGAACCCGAGCUAUAACGCCGAUGAGAACCGGAAGGCCUGGAAGACCAACUAUAGCGACACAUCUAUUGACAACAAAACUGGUGUUGACUUCACUGUCAGGGACUCUAACGGAUGGACAGUGUUUCACCACUUGUCGGCCCCACUGCCCGGCUAUACAUACCUGAACUCCGACGUGAUUUGUCGACUAUUGUGGUCAGUGGUGUCCAAUGGGAACAAAGCACAGGCCUUACAGCUAUUGAACUCCACUAACAGUGAGGGACAGUCCGCCUACAAGUGUUCCGUUGAACGUAAUGCCCGACAAUUGAUACAAGAGUUUAAGAAUAUAUAUCUGGAAUUGAAGUCUAACCCAUGGGUGACUACACCUCCAGUGCCACCAUUGACAGCAAAUGGAGAUAUAGUUGACUACCUGAGCGAACCGGUAGACUACAAGUCGGACGCGAAGAAAUUGCGCGAACAGUUAGACUCGGAGGCCAUGGAUGCGGACGAUAAGGAGGACCUGGAGUUCAAACCGGAUUCGCUCGUCGGCAUCGACAGCGCAGAGCUGGUGAUCGACGCGACUCUUGAGAUGCCGUACGACGUGCUGCUGACCAAAGUGGACAUCGAGUACGGGGUCUACGGUUUGUACAACUUCUACAAAAUGCAAAUCAUUGAACACAAAGCCAAAGAUUUGGUGCUUUUGUUCACCCGUUGGGGUCGUGUCGGCGAUACGGGUCAGUACCAGAAGACCCCCUUCGCCACAGCGGAGGCGGCGGUCGCGGAGUUCAAGAAGAUAUUCAAAGCCAAAAGCGGUAACCAAUGGGAGGCGGUUAAGGAGUUUGCGGCUCAGCCUAAGAAGUAUCGUAUUGUGGAGCUUAAGAAGCGCCGCCGUCAACAGCACCGGCAGUAUAAGUUGGAUGACGUGGCGAAGGCUGCGAAUACCGGUGCCGUUGCGCACAAACUCCCGGAGCCGUUGCACGCGUUGAUGAAGACGUUGAUUGGCUAUCACUCGAAGAAGGAGUCGCUGAAGAGUUUGUCGGACGAGUCGUUCACACCAUUUGGUCUCUUAUCCGAUGAGACACUACUGACCGCCGAGUCUUUGUUGACACAAAUCGAGACAUUAAUCGAUGAGAGGAAUGGUAUUAAAGAGAAAAACCAAUCGCAAGACUAUUCGCGUAUCACUCAUGAGAUUAUCGAUCGAAGCGAAGAGUUCUAUCAUUUGAUACCAAUCUUCGGCUAUCAAUACGAGAGACUGAGUCCACUGUUCACUCGCGAGGCGUUGCGAGACAAACAAGAGUUGAUCCAUAAUUUGGUUCAUUUCGGGUACGCCUUUGAGCUCCUAUUGGCCGCACAGUAUCGGCUCCGGGAUGUGAAUCCGAGUGACUAUAUCUACAAAUCUCUCGGAUGUCAUCUCCAGCUGUUGGACAGGAAUGAAGAGGAAUGUCAACUGAUUCUGCAGUACAUCCACAACACCACACAUUACGGCAAAGCGAUUGUCAAAAGUGUUUAUAGGGUUAACCGGAACGGAGAGGAAAAGGCGUUCGACGGGACGGGUGUUGACAACCGGUGGCUCUUAUGGCACGGGACCAGAGCUGCCAACGUGUUGAGCAUUUUGGCCAAAGGGCUCCAGAAGUCGCCAUUGAGUGCCGAGAUAUCUGGCCAUCUGUUCGGAAAGGAGUUUACCGGAAAUUCUAUAGCAAAGGAACGGGAGGGCGUAUACUUUGCCGAUAUGUUCACCAAAAGUCAGGGCUACUCGUCGUCCGGCGCUUUCGGCCAGAAGUUUAUGUUUUUAAGUGAGGUAUCGUUGGGCGCCAUACAGGACGUCCGCAUCCGAGACCUCCUGGAAAAGCCCUAUACUCUCGACAAAGACAAACAUAGUUUGAAGGCAUCGCACACACAGUACACACCGGACCCCCAGUCCUCUGUCUACUGGAAAGGCCGUUCCGUUCCCAUUGGAGAGCCUGUUAGACAGCACUAUGAAGACAACGAUUACUACGAAAUCAAUUAUAACGAGGUCACGUUUACCACACCAUCGGAUCCAUCAAACUUCGGCACCCAAUCGCCUGAUGGCUCGUGGAGUGGAUUAAUCGGAUUAGUGGCUAAUAAUGCAUGUGAUAUAUCGAUAACACCGCUGGAGAUCACAUACAGUCGACUGAAUCUCAUGUCGUUUUCGGCGAUUCUUAUGUACGAGCCGUACGUUAUCCUCACGAACGCUGACCACAACCGCAGGGUUGAGGUCAUGGCGUACCUCAAGAGUAUUGACAAUGACGUCUGGGUCCUACUAGUCAUCACACAAUUAGUAAUCAUAGCUAUUAAUCUGGUGUACAAUAAAUACCUCCGAAAACGACCCGUAAAUCUGCUGACUAUAGCUAAAUAUAUCACACAUUCGUUGGGAAUAUUCGUAAAGAAUUCCCCACUGGACCCCCACUUGAGGGGUGUGUUGUGUGUGGUAUUGGUUUGCGUAACGCUAUUAACUGUAUGUUUGAAUACAUUGAUCGACUCCAAAGUGAUUGUCGCCGACAAUUGCCACGCGAUCGACACGUUGUCUCAGUUGGCCACCGAUGACACACUUAUACCCAGCUAUUACUUCGGCACACCUAUCGAGGAAUACCUACGGAACACUGGGGAAAGGGGCUUCCUGAUGGCUUCGCUACUGUUGUAUUUCAAUACCGUGUUUCGCUACGUUUGCGGCUUGGAUAGCCACGUGCGAAGUGAGGAUGAGUACGUGUCGGACGAGCGUAUGGCCCGCCUAUCGGAGCGCCGACUGGCCCUCAUCGAGCUGGUGGGCGACGCCCGGUGUUUGCGGUACAAGUUGUGUGGGGUCGACCCCACCUUUAACCUCCACACGUCCGACGAGACCGUUAUGAACACAAUCCACGCGCUGGCCCUCCCUAUAGGCACGCAUACCCGGCUCAUACACGCCAUCAGUAAAAUCGUAAAACGGGUGACAAUGUCGGGCAUAACCACCAAAUGGUUCGCCGACGCGAUGCUCAAUGACUUCAAACACGUGUCCAAUGGUGUGAAAGCAUGCGUUGGUGGGCACCGGGCGGUCGACUCGGACCUCAAAUCUGUUGAAUCCAGUAGUGCUGUCAUCACUACCGGUGCCCUCGCGUACGCCCAGUCUGUCCGCGUAAUCCUAACGGCUCUCCAGUCGCCGGGCAUACCGUCCCCCUUGACAUCAGUUGUCUGUAUUAUACGAUCCAAUAGAGUAGUGCUGUCAUCACUACCGGUGCCCUCGCGUACGCCCAGUCUGUCCGCGUAA